AUGGCUUCUUUGUACUCUAUAUCCCAAUGGGCGUUCAGUGGACACCUCGUCAUACUAGCAUUGACCGUCCUCGUCGGCCUUGCAGUAAGACAGAUCUCGCGGAUGUAUACCCUCGGUGACCUCGUGGGUCCACCCGCGUCGAGCUGGCUAUUUGGACACGAGUUCGAGCUCCAGGAGUCUCUUGUAGGCACGCGCUACAACGAAUGGGCGAAGGAAUACGGUCCCACCUACAAGACGAAAGGUCCUCUAGGUAUUUCAUAUUUAAUGGUAGGAGAUCCCAGAGGCGCUAGUCAUAUUCUCAACUCCAGAAAUUAUAUAAGACCAAGGGAAGACGCGAUCAGUCUUGAACAGUUCUUUGGAAGAGGAUUAUUCAGUGUAGAAGGUGACAAACACCGAAAGCAGCGCGGGAUCGUGAACCCUGCCUUUACGUCACCUACUGUUCGUGAAGUGUCUCACGUCAUUUUCGAUCUCGCACUCGAUCUUAAGAACUCGCUGUCAGACGAGUUGGAUAGUGAAGAAAACCAGCAUGGUAAGAUCUUGGAGAUAUCUUCCAAGAUUCCUCGGGUGACUUUGGACGCCAUAAGCAUGACCGCCUUUGCCUACGACGUUGGCAAUUCUAAUCAGUCUAUUCCAAAUCUCAUCGCGAAGAUAUCCGACGUCCCCCAAACAACUUAA